CAUUCAAAACAAACCAGCAUGGUGAUCACAACGUGAAGUUCUGCUGAAUUUUUAAAGUUUAAUUUCGUUGUUAAAGCGCAUUAAAUUGAAGUCAUUGUUGGAAUAAGACACUAAAAUGGGCAAAACCCCGAAACGUUACUUCGACUCGGCUGGCGGCGAUGAAGGCACCGCGGACGCUAAGGGCAUCUCCACCGAGGGUGUCAAACAGGAGAAGAAGGGCAAAAAGGAGCCAAAGUUCAAAGCUGACCCGGAAGGGGGCAUGGACGUGAUUCAGGUGGAUGAUAAACGAGCGCGUCAUUUCCGGGCUCCGAAGCGGGGCGGGGGCAAGAAGGUCAAGCUGAGGGAGGUUCCCGUCGAUCCGGAGGCGUUGCGAAGGCACUCGCGUGGGGAUGGCGUUCGUUUGGACGGGGUGAAGAGCAGGUUUCAGAAGAUUAAGCAGAAGCGGAAGGACAUUAACAUUGAGUUCGCGGAGGAACAGGCUGCGCGGGCAGAGGUUUUGCUGAACGAGGAGGAGGGUUUCUUGGAGGUCAGUGAUGACGAGUUGACGACGGAGGUGAGCCAGGCGGAGAUUGUGGAGAACGUGGACAUUACGACGGCGGCGAAGCAUUUCAAUUUGCAGCUGGAGUUUGGUCCGUACAGGAUGAGGUACACGAAGAACGGAACGUAUUUGCUGCUGGGUGGGAAGAGGGGUCACGUGGCCGCGUUCAACUGGGUCAAGAAGUCGCUACUGUGCGAGAUGAACGUAAUGGAGUCGGUGCACGACGUGACCUGGUUGAUGAACCAGACCAUGUUUGCGGUGGCUCAGAAGAAUUGGGUCCACGUGUACGACAGCAAGGGAACGGAACUGCACUGCGUCAAAGGGAUGAACCGGGUCACAAGGAUGGAAUACCUUCCGUACCACUUUUUGCUGAACUCUGCCAACGAAGAGGGGUUCAUCACGUGGAUGGACGUGUCAGUUGGGCAAACGGUCGCCUCGUACAACUCUCGCAUGGGGAAGAUCAGCAUGAUGUGCCAAAAUCCGUGGAAUGCCGUGACCUGCGUCGGAAACUCCAAGGGCGUCGUAUCAAUGUGGUCCCCAUCGGUCCGCGAUCCGCUGGCCAAAAUGCUCUGCCACUCGAUGCCCCUCACAGCGGUCGCAGUUGACCCAACCGGAACGCAAAUGGCCACCGCCGGUCUAGAUCGAACGGUCAAGCUUUGGGACAUUCGGCAGCUGGACGGACCAACCGUAGAGUACCGUCUUCAAACCGCAGCCUCCGGAAUCGACCUGUCCCAAAAAGGACUCAUGGCCAUCUCAAUGGGCAACAUCUGUGAAAUCUUCAAAAAGCCCUCCUUCGUCCAAAAAAAUAACCGACCCUACCUUCGUCAACGCACUCCCGCCACCAUCUCCAACUUCCGCUUCUGCCCCUUCGAGGACAUCCUCGGCAUCGCCACCGCAACCGGAUUCACCUCCAUCAUCGUGCCCGGCUCCGGCGAACCCAACUUCGACACCCUCGAGGCGAACCCCUUCCAAUCGCUCUCCCAACGUCGCGAAGAGGAAGUCCACAAGCUGCUCGAGAAAAUCCCCUCCGAAUUCAUCUCGCUCAACCCAGCCCAAAUCGGCGAAGUGGACGUUCCCUCCCUGAAGGACCGUCUAGAAGCGAAAACAAACCUGCUCACCAUGAAGGCACCGAAAAUCAACUUUGAACCGCGCAUGAAGCACCGGAUGUCGAAGGCAAAGCGCAUCAAGAGCAAGAAAAUCGUCAAGGAAACACUCCGGAACGCGGCCAUUGCGGACAUUCGAAGUGCGAAGGAAGCGCUGAAGGAGGAGAGAAAGACGGGGGCGCAGGAGACGGGAGAUUUUAUUCCGCUGGAAUCGGGCAGCGUGCUGGAUCGGUUUCGGGACAAGAAGAAGCUGAAGAAGAAGAAGUGAGCAGGUUGGAUCUUCUUGUUGUGCUACUUUAUGUUGGAUGAAAAGUACGAAAUAUAUUAAACAUGUGUACAAUAAAUUUAACAUUUCAAUCAUGAAA